AUGCCGCCGGCCGCCCGCUCCGUCCGGUACCGACUCCGGGUCAGUCUGCUGUGGAUCGGGCUGCUGUGGAGCCGCGUGUCUGCAGGAGAUAAAGAAGUCCCCACGGCCUCCUCUUCCACCCAGCCACCGGCGGUGACACAAAGCACGAAGGAGAACCCCAAAGCCAAAAGCUCCAGCUCGUUGGCCGGAGGUCUGCUUCGGUCGGUGCUGACCCAAAAAGGACGGCUCGUCUCCCAGAAGGGGGAUGUCCUCCCGUCUGUUCUCCCCCAGAACCUGCUGCCUCUCCUGGGCAGAGGGCUCAGCGUCAGCGGCUCCCUGGAGCGUCAGAGCGGGGGGUUACUGAGGAGGGUGAAACCCCCGGCGUCGGCUGCAGAGUCGGGCCGAGGCGCCGGUCCAACAGAACCUCAACCCACGCACACACACACACAGCUGGGUCACACGCACACACACACUCCUGAGCUGGAGGAGGUCACCACUGUGGGAAUGAUGCUGGACAUGGAGACAGAGACUCCGUCCUCAGCUUUGUCCAGCUGCAUGGUGAAUUUCUCAGACCCAGAGGGAUACAUAGACUCGUCCGAUGACCCCCCGCUGCCCGACGGCGCUGUGGUUCACUGCACCUACACGGUGACGGUGUACACCGGCUACGGAGUGGAGCUGCAGGUGAAGAGCGUGAACCUCUCGGAGGGCGAGCAGCUGUCAAUCAGGAGCUCCGAUGAACGAGGCGCCCUGCUGGUCCUGGCCAAUCACACGCUGCUUGUGGAAGGUCAGGUGAUCCGCAGUCCCACCAACACGCUGUCCGUCUACUACCGGUCUGCACCGGACGCCAGCAGCAUGGGCAUCUUCCAGCUGCACUACCAGAUCUUCAGGCUGAGCUGUUCGCUGCCGAAGAGGCCUCACUUCGGGGAGGUGUCGGUGCUGGACCUGCUCCCUGGAGGAACGGCCCGCUUCCACUGCCACAUGGGUUACCACCUGCAGGGGGAGCCGAUGCUCACCUGCCUCAACGCCUCCAUGCCGGUGUGGAGCGGCAAGGUGCCCAUCUGCAGGGCUCUUUGUGGAGGCACAGUGAAGAAUGCCACAGUGGGGAGGGUUCUGUCCCCUUCACCCCACCACGGGCCUAACGUCACCCAGGACCGCUCCUGUUCCUGGUCCCUCGAGGCCCCCAAGGACCAGAGGCUGCACCUCCACCUGGAGAGACUGGCCCUGGGAGCCACUGACAGGCUGGUGUUGUGGAGCGGGCUGGACGCCGGUUCCGUGGUUCUGUUCGACUCGGGUCGGGGGGGCCAGAUCCCCUUUGAGGGUGUGAUCAGUGAAGGACCGGCUGUGAGGAUCCAGUUCAUCACGGAUCAGCCGAACCACAGCACGGGAUUCAACAUCCGAUAUGAAGCUUUCGAGCGUGGCCACUGCUACGAGCCGUACCUCCAGAACGGGAACUUCACGACCUCCGACCCUUUGUACGGCGUCGGAGCCGUGAUCCAGUUCACGUGCGACCUGGGUCAUGCGCUGGAACAAGGCCCCCCCGUCAUCGAGUGCAUCAGCGCCAGGGACCCGUACUGGAACGACACGGAGCCGCUGUGCAAAGCCCAGUGUGGAGGAGACCUUACUGGUCCCGGUGGAGUGAUCCUGUCUCCAAACUGGCCCGAGUGGUACGGAGAGGGGGAGGACUGCAGCUGGAGGAUUCACGUCGGGGAGGACAAGCGGGUUCUGCUGGACGUUCAGCUACUGAACAUCAGCGACAGCGACAUGUUGACCAUCACCGACGGCGACGAGGUCACGACCCGCAUCCUGGGUCGCUACGUGGGAGGAAGCAGCCCCUUCAAGCUCUCCUCCACCACCCCCGACCUCACCGUCACCUUCCACUCCGAUCCAGCCGGGCUCGUCUUCGGCAAGGGCGAGGGCUUCAUCAUCAACUACAUGGAGGUGUCCCGGAACGACUCCUGUCCGGACCUCCCUGAGAUCCAGAACGGCUGGAAGACCACGUCCCACAUUGCGUUGGUGCGCGGGGCUCGAAUCACGUACCAGUGCGACCCGGGAUACGACCUGGUGGGACGGGAGACCCUCACCUGUCAGCUGGACCUCUCCUGGAGCUCCCAGCCGCCGUUCUGUGAGAAGAUCAUGUACUGCUCAGAUCCGGGUCACGUGGAGCACUCCACCAGGUCUCUGUCCGACCCGAAGCUCCUGGUGGGGACGACCAUUCAGUACAGCUGCAACCCCGGCUUCAUCCUGCAGGGCGGUGCCACCAUCACCUGCUACGGCCGCGAGCCUGGGACCCCUGUGUGGACGUCUCGACUCCCUCACUGUGUUUCGGAGGAGUCUGUUUCCUGCGAGAACCCCGGCCUCCCCAACAACGGCUACCAGAUCCUGUCCAAGAGGCUGUACCUGCCCGGCGAGUCGCUCACCUUCGUCUGUUACCAAGGUUACGAGCUCAUUGGAGAGGUCGCAAUUAAAUGCAUCCUAGGGAACCCGUCCUUUUGGAGCGGUCCACUCCCACUCUGCAGCGCCAACCAUCUCGGCUGCGUGGACCUCCGUUCUUUGGAAGUUGCCGAGGCGACUGCAAGCUCCACUCUGGAUGGAGGGAACAUAGCGCUGGCCAUCUUCAUCCUGGUUCUACUGCUGUCAGUGCUGCUCGGAGGGGUUUACGUCUACGUCACAAGGUGCCGAUAUCACUCCAACUUAAGGCUUCCUCUGAUUUACCCCCAUCCGUACCGACAGAUCACCGUGGAGACGGAGUUUGACAACCCGCUCUAUGAGACAGGAGGGGACACUCGAGAAUAUGAAGUAUCGAUAUGA